ACAUAAAUGAGAUCAAUGUCUUUGUGAAUGGCGUCAUCGCUGUCCUCAGUCUACCUGUUGAGUCAGGUGCGUUUCUAUGAAAGUGUUCAUAAACAAAAGGGCGACGGGGAUGAAGAUCAGACGACUGUCGGCUCAGUUUUAUUUAACCUUCUGCACUUUAUACUCGAGACUGUGAAGACUUUUUUGCAAUAUUCCCGGUAUUAUAGGGAAAUCCUGGAUAAAUAAACUUUAUGAGCUUUCCGGACUUCCAGGAGACCUGAGUGAAGCCGUCAGACUGCGACAUUUCCUCCAUAUGUUGUUUUACUUUCACUUCUGAAUCAACUUAUUAAUACUGAAAACAGCCAAAGAAAACAAACAGAAUUGGCUCUAAAAUGACCUUGAAGUCUCAGGCCAGCAAGAAGUAUUUGUAAAAGCAAUCGCCAGAGGUCUUUCUGGGCCGAGGGUCGGUCACAUGGAGAGCACCUCAUCCUGGGCUACUGGUCCCAUUGAGGAAGGCCCAUACCAAGAACGUUCUGUGGACCCACUGGAAAUCCAGGACCUUGUAGUAUGCCCCAAGGUGAAACACAAAGAUGCCAAUGGAAAUACCACUGGGCCAGAGACUGUCAGCUUUCUUCCUGCCAAAGAAGAGCCCGUUUCAGGCAAUUGCGUGUGUGUGCCUUGCGCAUCUGUGACCAGCUGCAGGAGAUUGUUUUGUAGCGUAUUGACUUGUGGACUGUACCGCGUAUGCCAGCGUUUGCCAUGUCUGAGUCCAAGCAACAACACAGCUGUCAGCACACAGGUGGAAGAUCGAUCAAGCACUUCAAACGUUGAGAAUGGCUUCUAUUCUGACGUCUGUAUUCGUGGCGUAAAGGUGGACACCUCCAUCAUUGAAGAAGAUGAGGGGAAUGUGUUUGUUUCCAAUUCCAAAAUGGAGAUGGACAGUCCAAUUUACUUGAGUAGCUUACCGGAAGACUUUAUUGAUGGCGACGAGGCAGAGGAUGUGGAUAAACUCAUUACACGUAAGCUUAUGGAGGUCUUCUCCGAGUUUGAGAUCAACGAGCUGGCUAGGUGCACGUCGGACUCUAUGUUCCUCCGGCGUUCACGGGAGAUCAGUCAGCUGAUCUCGGAUAUCGUGGAGGAGCACAACAUGAAGGAGCAGGAGGCCGAGUGCAGGUUGGUGCGAGAGAUCAUCCGCAUCAGUACGCGUAAGAGCAAGAAGAAGCCGAAUAUCAGGCCGAAGGAACUGCAGCGAGACAGCGGCAAUGAUACCUGGAACAGCAAAAGAGCCAGCCAAAAAAGCAGCAUCAAUUCCAUCAACGACGGGAAGCUGCAAAUUUCACUGGAGAGGUCAGACGACAUUGAAGCCAGGAAGUUACGCAACAACAGUAUACAGGCUUACUCAAGUUUCAAGGACACAGGUGUGCCGGUCACACCUGAUACUCCUUUACUUCACAGCAGCAUACAGGCUUGAGUUUUCUCUCCAACCUUACUCUGGACAACAAUUUAUUUUUCAAACUGUCCAUCUUUUGUCAGAGUUUUAUCUAAAUUCAUUUUUAAGUAAAUUUAGAAGCUGUAAUUUAAGGAGCAGUCAUUAUGGUCUUUUUUGGUCGAAGACAGAAAUGGGAUUAUGCUUCUAUUUACAUUUUUCUAUCUCUCAAACCAUGUUUAUUUGCCAUGUGUGAGUUAUCUUUACAUGCACUGUCCAGAAACAACUUAUGAGUGAAGAACAGUUGCUUGGAAUGAAGAAUAAUAAACAGCCUGACCUCUAUGGGUGAAUCUCAUCGUAAUUGUCAUAUUUUACCCCAAAAAACAUCAACCACUGAAAGUCUACGUUGAUGAGGAUUCACUUCUCACAUGACAUAUUAUAGAGAUUGUUAAUCUCCAGUAGUUUACUAUAAGGCAAAAUAGUUUAAUUGUACAGCAUUUACAUUCUGGUAAUAUGUGUUGUUAGAUAACAAAACAUCCAUUGUGUCAAGACAGUAAAAUGUAUAGGGGCUGUUUCAGGGACAGGUUUUAGAUUAAUCUAGGCUUUAGUUAUAUUAGAAAAUUUAUGAAGUUUUUACAAACAUAUCUUACAAAAAAUAUUGGUGUGCAUCUUGAGACAAAACAAUUGCACGUUAUUUAUGUUAGGAUAUGUCAGUGCAAGAUGUUUUUAAAUUAAAACGGCUCAAACAUGCAUUUUAGUUUUGGACUAUAGUCC